AUGCUAAAGCUUCUCGUCCAUGCCGUGAGCGCUCCAUACACGCCCGACAGCUUGAAUUUUAGUGUCCUGCGCGGACACAAGGACGCUGUCCUGGACCCAAUCGGCCAGUCGUCGAGCCUUCGGCGCCGCGUACUUAGAGAUGGAUGCUCCGUAUUUUUCAGCCAACCAUUCGGCAACUGGCGGAUUGUGGGAAACCGCGUGCUCAAAGACAGUCUGUCCAAGGAGAUCUUUGACGAGCGGGUCUGCGCCGAGUCUCAACAGACAUUUGACAAUGUCUAUAUUGCCAGACUUGACUGCAAUAUGAAGUGCUGUGCCGCCCACCCCGAGAGCAUUAAUGUCAAGCUUAGCUUCUGUGACGAGGAACUCGAUGGUUGCUUCCCUACUUUCAGUAACCUCGGACUCUACAGCAUAUCCGACGAGCAGUCUCCCAGCGAGGUCGGCGUUUGGAAGGGUCCUGGCUUCUGA